CUUCACAAACUGUGACACGCCCAUAAAAAAAGCAUUCAAGCAGGUAACUUGAGUUUUUCAUGGGUUCUGAGCUGCAGGUCAAGUAUCAGAAGCUAGCACAGGAGUAUGCUAAGUUAAGAGCUCAAGUUGACGUCCUCAAACAAGCUGUCAGAACUGAACAGAAUGCAAAGGCAUCAUUGGAGGUAGAGUUAAGAACAAAGGAUCAAGCUCUUAGGAAACAUGCACAGGAAAAUGAAUCAUUGAACUUUCGAAAUCAACAGUUGUCAAAGCGUGUCUCAAUGCUUCAAGAUGACUUGGAAUCAUGAACAAAAGGAGAAAAGAAAAAGGUGAAUGUGCUCCGAAAAACAAUUUCAUAAUUACACAGUUGCACUCAAUGGAAGUGUUAAGGAAAAGGACUACUGGUUAUACUGAGGAAGAGUUUAAAUCUACUCUCUCUGAACUGGAUAAGCUAUGCUGUGACAUAGUGUCUUCAUUUCCUCCUGAUAGUGUCAUCAUGAUUGUCUGUGGUAGUGGGCAUAUUGGGGAAGUGAGAGAACUCCAGAAGGAUUCCAGUACUAGUCUUGAGGUCCUGAAAAGUGCUGUGAUGAAAGCAAGGAAGGGUAGAGUUUUUGCAUUGUUAAAGUAGUUUGAUUUUAUUUUUAUUGAGAACUGUUUUUGAGAUUUCAAAUAAUUUUGCAUAUAAUGG